AUGCACUUCCACAAUAUCCUGCUCGCCCUGAGCGCUGUGGCGCCUGCCGUCUUUGCCCAACGUGGUGAGCAAGAGGCCCUCUUUCCCAGGCGAUGCCUCCCAAACCCCUGUGAAGGAAUCACCUCCGUCAACGACACCUACGUGUGCGGAGACCCCCGUCUGGGCCCCGUCCGGUACCCCACGAGGUUCCCCCUGCGCAAUGAACUGCGCACAUACGCGCGCUUCGGCACCCUGUGCCCAGCCGAGUUCCUCGAGAAGUGGGCGACAUCCGUCAACACCAGCGGCACAUACAUCUACCCGCCCGCGAACGGGUUCGUCGUCGACGACGAGGAGGCCGUCAUCAUCGGCAAUGUCACGCUCCCUGUCGGUCAGAAACUCGACCGCUUCGGGUCGGAGUAUGGCACGUUCCUUGCGCCACUGGGUGCGCCAUACAUUGAGCGAUCGCUGCCACCGAGCAACCUGAUCACGUACGACGGGAACUAUCCGUUCAACUACCAUGUGUAUCAGGUUGAGAAGGAGUUUGUUGUAGGGCUGGGGCCUAUUGCGCCGUGGUUUGAGCAGCCCGGGAUGGGGACGCAGUUUGUGGCGUAUACGAAUGUGCUGGGGUUGAUUGAGGGCGGCUUUCUGAGGAGGCUGGAGGAGACUGAAUUCGAUGAGCGAGUCGAGUACUCCAACUCUUAUACCGACGGGCCCAAUGAGUAA